UCUCAGAUCAUAGCGCGAAGGCAUUGUUUCUCAACUCUAUAAACACCUUGCGUCUUGGAACAACAGUACAAAGAAAAUAAUAUAUAGUAGUAAUAAUAAUAACGGUCAAUCUGUAUAAGCUAUGACAGUUUCCCGCCAGGAACCAAUGUUGACACUAUCGUUCGAGGUGCCUGCAGGAGCAGUAGCACAUCCAUCCAAUCGCAGUGCAAACAAAACUAUCUAUACCCCUUCUUCUUCUCAUACAGCUGCAACUACUGCUGCUACUCGGCCAUAUUCCGAAUUCUCGUACCCCGCACAAAGCGAUACCACUAUACUGGACUCCAUGAUCAGAACCACUCAAAAAGAUCAAAGCCUGCAACAUCCUCUACAGAAUUCUACCUUCAAUUCAUCCGUUGCCUCAUUUAUGACCUCUUCAACAGCAGACUAUACUCUUGUGACCCUCAACAACAGCAGCAGCAGCAGGAGUAUUUACCGUAAUAGUCUUCCUAUCCAUACAAGCAUCAGUAUCAUCAACGGCAACAACAGCAGUGGCAAUCAUAUCAACCGUAAUCAUUCAACUUCCCAGAUUCACCAUCAAAAGAAGGAGCUUCAAAAGCAGGCGCUCAGACAACAGCAGCUUCAACAGCAGAACCAAAAGAAAACGCUGCCAUUGUUCCCUACAAUACGAACAAGAGGCACCAUCUCGAACCAGAAUAUUAUUCAACCAGUCAACCUUGCAAAGAUUGAACUUUUGCCGAUCGAAUUUAGCCACCAAAUCAUCUUGGAUUGCAUUGACGAGAUUAAACUGCGAGGAUUGAACCGAGAGCAUCUCUUCUGGAACCCAUUCUAUAGUCCCUCUGUGGAAGCAGCCAUUAAGCUGUUGAUGAACCAAAAGAAGAACCAUCUCUUCAAUGUCAAGAUGAUGCGUAUAGAUACCGUGGGAGGCCUUCUGACCACUGUCCUUUCCCGCACUUACCCUCCUCUCAUACCUGAGCAUCUCCGUGAGCUGCUCCAGAACCCCAAUGGUCAAUUCUUUUUCGAGCUAUUGUCGAUGCUUCCAGAACUGAACCGAUUCUUAUUUGUGGAGGUUCUGGAGCUCUGCUGCGAAUUAGUCGAUAACCAGGCGUUCAAUCGCCUGAGCAAUAGUAAAUUAUCAAUUUAUCCUGGGUCAUGUUGCUUUGGUUUGGAUGAAUACAUGCCCACAUGGGAUACGCGAUACCUGUUAUCUUCAGGCAUGAAAAAGUUCUCAGGCGCAUUCUAUCAUGCCAUCUAUGCCUACCGUGAGGAGCGCGACCUAUCUGUAGAAGAGCUUCAAGAGAAACAGGUUAAACGCGACAAGCUCCUGGCAGAGCAGCGACUAGAGGCUCUGGAGAGAGAAUAUGGGUUGGAGGGUGCACAUAAUAUCUUGAAGAGAGAGGCUAGGAUCGCUCAAGGCCUGCCUCCAGAUUCUCCAGAACCAACUCCUGUGCCCCAAUUGCCUGCAGACUUGAAAGAGAUUUCUCUCUAUGCAAACAGGAAGGAGAUUGUGGUAGCGGACGAUAAUAUUUCAAUACUUGACAUGCAGCUCGAAGACGGAAGCGAAGGUGCCUCAACAAGUGCAGCAGAAGCAAUGAAGCCUCUUUCAUCAUCAAGAAGCGGUACUGCAGCUCCACAUACUCUUGAAAGCGCCAGCAAUGAAAAGAAGCAAGAGGAGGAAGAAAAAGUGGAGCAUAUCAUUGAAGACUUGCGAAGGAGUCUCUCUGUGGCUACACUGGAGUCUCUUAUAAACCGAUCUUCUAAGCCUGCAGCAGCAACUACAACAACCACAACCAAGACUAAUUAUUACUCAAUGUCGCCUUACGCUCCUCGAACUGGAUACUAUUCAUACACAGGACGUAGGAUUCGUCCACCUGUGACAAGUGCGGGCAGCAAGUAUGCACAGCAACAACCCAAUAACACCAGCAAUGAUGACACCAUACUCCGCGCUAAAUCAAUUGCUCGUUUCUGCUCGGCUACAAAGAACAUCUACCCAGUGGCUCCUGGUGACAUCUUUGGCAUCAGCCGUCAAGCGAUUGAACGACGCGAGCUGCAGGGCUUUUUGUUGGUGGCUCAGACGACGAAGAAGAGGCGACGAUGCAAGUCUAUUAAAUCCAAACGGAUCCAUCAACUUCGCUUACGCAACAAACAAUCCCAACAGCUCCAUCGUCGAUCCUCGGCAUCCAUGUCUUCUGUCAUUUCUUCGGGGCCCAUGCCAUCGGCAGCAAUAUACCUUCCAAACGGUGGCAUGUACAGAGCCAGGAAUAGCUCAAUGAUAGUCGCAGCGCACCAGCACCGACGGAAGCAUGCAUUGGCAUCCGCUGGAAGCCAGCGUCGUGAACGGACUCGUCGGCUUAGACGAGAGUUGGAGGUUUAUUUGACUCAAGGGCUUUCGGACGAAGAGGCUAUGAAGCAGCGAAAGAUUGAUUUGAAGAAAAGGCGAAAGCAAGAAAAACGUGCUCGGGCCCAAGCCCUUGCAGAAGCUGCAGAAGCAGCCAAGCGCGCUGAACAAAAAGUGACUAUGGAAGAGGCAGAGGUCCUUGAGGCCUUUGAUUAUCUGUCAGAUCAAGAGCUUGAGGAGUUUUUGACUUUAGCAGGGUUGACCAUGCAGGACGUGGAGCGUAUCCGAGAGAAGGCAGCAGCUAUCGCUUUAAGACAAGUUACAAAAGAUAUUGAGGGAGUCGAAUCAAAGCCAGUCGUCACAGUUGCGGCCGCAGUGAUGAGUGAAGCAUCCCCUGGCCAGCAGAAGAGCGCUUCAGUUAUCCCCAAGAUUACGGCGACAGAUGUUGAUAAGACCUCUGAAGAAACAUCAACAGCGGAGACCAUUGUUAUAUCUUUUGGAAGUGGAUAUGAAGUUUCUGAUGUAGACAACAUGGCUAAUGACAACGCCACGAGCCACAGACGGCCAACGAGCAUCCCACAUAUGAACUCUAUGGACAUACUCCUCAAGAAUGCAAGUAUGAUUGGUGACAGCAAUCUUCGAUGCUAUCCCGAUCAGCAAUUAGAACAGCAACAACAAGAAGCGAUCCAAAAGACAUCAGUUAGUAGUCUUUCACCUCCAAUCUCGGUAACCGCUGCUGUGCAGCAGGCUAUGGUCGAAAAGGGACAGAGUCAUAUUACCAACAGAGUUAGUGUUAAUUUCGAUGUUGAUGUGGUGGCUGAUGAUGAUGAUGAUGAUGAUGAGGAGGAGGAGGAGGAGGAGGAGGAGGAGGAGAAGCCACCAGCGAUGGAAAGCAGGUCAUCCAGCGCUGAAACCCUUGUGACGACCAAAACGAUCCGUACUCGACCACACCUACCGCCCCACGAGCGAAGAAGUGUAGAAUCUCUUGCGUCGUCCACAGACACGAUCGUUAGUCCUGUCCAGGAGGACUAUGUUGAGAUGACAGAGGGAGGACUCUUCCUACAGAAGGUUUCUUCUAUGAAGCAAGCUGAGGAUGAAGAGGCUGCAGAAUUACGUGCGUUGUUGGAGACGAUGAGUGCGGAGGAGAGACAGGAGUUUUUGAGGCUUUCAAGUUAAAGAAUUAAAAAAUUGUGUUCAAAGUAUAGUAUUCUAAUGUUCUAAU